AUGAGUCUGUCCACAUCUGCACAGCUGGCAAGAAGCCCGGGCACGAGCAUGCUCCACGAAAGGCUCGCCUGUCUGGACCUGCACACUUCCCCUCCAACCUCAGGACAGACUCGUUCGCCUUCCCACGAGCGCUCGCCGGUCGAGCGGACGGUGGGAUACGCAGCAUCAGACUCUAUCGUACCCCUCAAGUUGCUGCAAUCAGUCUAUCUCGAGGCAGGCUCAUCACCCUCGGGAUCGUCGAAUUCGUCACCGUUUCUAAAGUCGGGCGGUCUCGAUGAUCGAACAGCCGUUCAGUCAAGCGUGAAGCCAUCGGUGCUCAUCGAAUCUCCACGUACCGUAGGACGGUCGAUACAGCCUCACGUGCAAUCAGAGCCAGAAGAGCAAGCGGACAUCAUCCUGAUCUCAGACCGCGAACCGAGCGCAACCGUAGCCCCACCGUCGCCGACGCUGUCUACGGCUUCGACCUCCCUAUCAGGCAUUGCCAGCUUAGGUCGGAGAGGCAUGAUGAAGCGCUCCCUCUCGCAAGUCGAUCACGAGCUAUCGCGCGCCUGGACAAUGCAGACAGCUGCCGAACCGUUCUGCCAGCGCACAGGUCUUUCUCGAGGCCAACCUUCGUUACGCACAGCGAUGGUCUAUACCCCAGCGACAUCCUUCCCGCCUGUCAGGCUCAUGACCGGCAAGAAGCGCAAGCGCAUCCUGGUCACGGGCGGCGCAGGCUUCGUCGGGAGCCACCUGGUCGAUCGAUUGCUCUUCAUGGGCCACGAUGUCACUGUCUUGGACAACUUCUUCUCGGGCAGUAAGACGGCAGUGGCGCACUGGGUGCAGGUCUUUCUGCUGCAUGCGCUUUGCGCCCCGCUCACGUUGCCUGACAGGGGUCAUCCCAAUUUCGAGCUCGUACGACACGACGUUGUCGAUCCUUUCAUGAUUGAAUGUGAUGAGAUAUACCAUCUCGCAUGUCCCGCCAGCCCGCGCGCGUAUCAAUACAACGCAAUCAAAACGCUCAAGACGAGUUUCCAGGGAACAUUGAACAUGCUAGGACUAGCCAAACGCGUCAAGGCGCGCUUUCUACUCGCCAGCACCUCGGGUAUCUCAGCCACAUUCUACUGGAGCCAAUUUGACACCGCAUCCGCAGAGAUUUACGGCUCGCCUGAGGAGCAUCCUCAAAAAGAGACCUACUGGGGACAUGUCAAUCCGAUCGGGCCGCGCGCCUGCUAUGACGAAGGCAAACGAGUGGCAGAGGCUCUUGCGUACGGCUAUCAUCGUCAAGACGGCGUCGAGAUUAGGGUUGCGCGCAUUUUCAAUUGCUUCGGACCCCGUAUGUCGCCCGGUGACGGCCGCGUAGUCUCCAACUUUGUGACUCAGGCGCUCAGAGGAGACGACAUUACAAUCUACGGAGAUGGUCGGCAGACUCGCAGCCUACAGUACAUACAUGAUCUUAUCGAUGGCUUGAUCAAUUUGAUGGCCUCGAAUUGCACCGAACCUGUCAACAUCGGAGGCGAAGAUGAGAUCACUAUUGAGGAUCUUGCAAGUGACGUUCUUGAGGUUGUCGAGCGAGUCCUGCUCGAGUGUCAAGAGAAUGCGAGACAGCAGGAGCAAUACAGCCAAGAUUUAUCUUCCAGCCCAGGCGCCUAUCACGAGCCAUAUCAGCAGCUUGACUGGCUGCCGGAAGGUCGAAGGGUCCCACUGGACCGUCGGAAGAGCCGGAUAGUUCACAUGCCCGUGCCGCCAGACGAUCCUCCGCGUCGACGGCCCGAUUGCACGCGGGCGCGAGAGGUACUGAACUGGUCGCCGCGCUGGUCCGUCAAAGAGGGUAUAGAAGAGACCGUCAGGCACUUUCUUGCAAGCGAUCAAAUUGAGCUCGGCUACUAG